AUGUUGGGCAAAACCCUCCCCGUCUUCUACGCGGAGUACGAAAGAACCCAUAACAUCAUCAGCAACUUGCACCGGUUUGAAGCUGAAACACCUUUAACUGCGAUGAGCCAAGUGGCGAAGGAGAUCUUCAUGGAGAACACCGACUUCUUUCCGAUAAAGCCAGUGGACUACGGCAGGUUCCUUGUCAUCUCUCUCGGCACCGGUUCGAACCAGCAAGAGGGAAGGUUUACUGCACAAGAGAGCAGCAAGAGGGGCGUGCUCAGUGGCUGUACAACAAGAGCACCACCCCCAUCAUCGACAUCCUCUCGCAAUGGACGUCCACGCCUCUGUUCUCUUUCAAGCGCUGUGAUCGGAGAAGCAGUACCUUCGCAUACAGCGUCGUUGGACAUCGCGGGGAAGGAGAACCUUGAGAAGCUGGUUAAGGAACCUGGAGAACGGCAGCUAUGA